AUUGCGUGUGUACGUUACAUUGAAAUAUUUUUUAUUUAAAAAUUCUAGGAUAAAGCUACAAAGAAAAUGGAUAGCGAAUCAGACAUUUAUCGUGAGUUGUGUGAUAAUCCAACAUUAUAUGUUUCACCAAAAAAACUUUUCGAAGUUAUGUUACCUAAUGAUGGUACAGUGUGUUUUAUCAGUAUGGUGGAACAAAUCGACAGUACAAUUGCUGUUAAAACUAAAAAUGGUGAAGUUCAACGUUGUCGAGUAAUUUUGACAAAUAAUAAAGACUGGAAGGUUCAAGUUACUAUAUGGGGCAAUAACAUAAAUCGAGUUAUACAUAACUUUAAAACAUCAUUUGUGGUACAUGUAUCCGGAGCUUUUUCUCAAAAACGUUAUUCUAAGAGUUUAGGAAAUGUCCCUAUGGAUUUAACUAUCAAAGAUUAUACAGUUGUGAAUGUCAUUGGAAAAAUUCGAGAAUAUGAGGAAACUAAAAUUUAUGAACCAUUUUCAUUUUUUUCUUUGAGAACAGUAACAAACAUGAAAACUUUCCAAGCACCUCUAGCGGGAAAAUAUUCCAGUCUUCAAAAAAAUUUCGGCUUACAUAUGGGACAGCAAAUCUCUUCUGCAAAAUUGGCAACCGAGGGACAGCAAAUCUCUUUUGUGAAAAUGGCAACCGAGGGACAGCAAAUCUCUCCUGUAAAAAUGGCAACCGAGGGACAGCAAAUCUUUUCUGCAAAAAUGGCAACCAUUAAACAGUUUCCGGUUGCAAAAUCUUGUAGUGCACAAAACAUAAGAAACUUCAAUACCUUUAAUGAAAAGAAAAAUGAUAAAAAUAACACAAACGUAAACAUAAUGCAGAUUUAUUAA